CUCCCGCAAAGUUCACUCCGAAUCCUGAACGAGAGCGCAGGCCAAGCAGGCGAACAAAGCAAAGCAUGGCCACGCGCGUCGCGGCAGCAACGCUCCUCCCCGUCCUCUCGCUGCUGCUCCUGCUGCGCACGGGCUCCUGCUCCGACGACUACUCGGCGUUCGUGUACGCCGGGUGCUCGCAGGGGCGCUACGCAGCCGAUUCCCAGUACGCGUCGGGGGUGGACUCCGUGCUCACCUCGGUUGCCAACAGCGCGCCCUACGCCUCCUACGCCAACUUCACCGCGCCGUCCGACUCCUCCCUGGUCGGCCUCUACCAGUGCCGCUCCGACCUCCCGGCCUCCGUCUGCACCGGCUGCGUCCGCUCCGCCAUCUCCAGGCUCUCCUCGCUCUGCGCCUGGUCCGCUGGUGGCGCGGUGCAGCUGCGCGCCUGCUUCGUGCGCUACGGCAACGACUCGUUCCUGGGGAAGCCGGACACGACCGUGCUGUUCAAGAAGUGCGGCGGCACGCCCGGGGACUCCGGCGGGGUGGCCAUGCGUGACUCGGCGCUCGGCGCGCUCGUGGCCGCGGCGGCGCCGGAGGGCGGAGGGUACCGCGCCGGUGGCUCGGGCGCCGUGCAGGCCAUGUCGCAGUGCGUGGGGGACCUCGGCGCCAAGGCGUGCUCCGACUGCGUCUCGGCCGCGACCACGCAGCUCAAGGCCGGGUGCGGCUACGCCACGGCGGGCGAGGUGUACCUCGGCAAGUGCUACGCGCGCUUCUGGGUCAACGGCGGCGGAGGAUUCAGCAGCGGCGCCGGGCGGCAUGGAUUCGGGCUAGGCCACGCGGUCGCCACCGGUUUCUUUGCUUCUUUGGCCUAUGUCUCGCUUGCCACAUAGGUUUAGUUCACUAGUUGCAUCAUGAUGUUGAAGACUUGAGUAGUAGCUAUGCUGUGUUUUAUCAUCUUGUAUGAUAAUUGUGCAGUGCAGUUUUUGCUCUUGUGCUUAAGGUAAGAUGAGGUUCUCGUAGGUUAACUGGGUCUGUUUCUCAAGUGUGUAACUGUAAAGUUCUCGUGUUGUAUUGUAAGCAUGUAACUACAUAUGCUGAACCCAAAAACAUAGGUACGGUUUUUGUUACAAUCUACCAUCAUCAAUCUGAUCA